CCAGCUUUCCCCAACGUGGAAAGGACCACAGCAGGGACACCUGAGCUCCCCAACAGACGUUCAACGCCAAGGGAUGCACAGUUUUGGGAGGUGAUCUCUGAUGAACACGCCAUCGACUCCACCGGCACCUACCACGGGGACAGCCUUCUGCAGCUGGAGCGCAUCGACGUGUACUACAACGAGGCCUGCGGUGGCAGGUACGUGCCCCGCGCUGUGCUGGUGGAUCUGGAGCCGGGCACCCUGGACUCUGUGCGCUCGGGGCCCUUCGGGCAGAUCUUCAGGCCGGACAACUUCAUCUUUGGUGAGCUGUGGGCGAGGACUGGGGUGAGGUUCCUCAGCCGCUCAAAAUCUAGGAGUGCCCCCAAGGUCGUCGCCGUGGGAAUUGUGGAGCCAGGGUCCCUGAACACCCUCCUAUCAUCCCGGACCCUGAAACUGCCCACACCCACCUACGGUGACCUGAACCACCUGGUGUCUGCCACCAUGAGCGGGGUCACCACGUGCCUGCGCUUCCCAGGCCAGCUGAAUGCUGACCUGCGGAAGCUGGCCAUGAACAUGGUCCCGUUUCCCCGGCUGCAUUUCUUCCUGCCUAGCUUUGCCCCUCUGACCAGCCAGGGCAGCCAGCAGUACCCGGCCCUGUCCGUGGCUGAGCUUACCCAGCAGAUGUUUGAUGAGAAUAUGAUGGCCGUGUGCAACCCCUGUCAUGGCCACUACCUAACGGCGGCUGCCAUUUUCAAGGGUCCUAUGCCCAUGAGGGAGGUGGAUGAACAAAUGUGCCACCUCAAAAAUAAAAAUAGCAGGGACUUCGUUGACUGGCUCGCCGAUAACGUCAAAACAGCCGUCUGUGACGUCCCACCCCGGGGGCUAGACAUGUCAGCCACCUUCACUGGGAACAACACGGCCGUCCAGGAACUCUUCAAGCGUGUCUCAGAGCAGUUUACAGCAAGGUACUGGCGCAAGAUCUUCCUCCACUGGUACACGGGCGAAGGGAUGGAUGAGACGGAAUUUACCCAGGCCGAGAUCAACGUGAACGACCUAGUGUCUGAGUAUCAACAGCGUCAGGAUGCCACGGCCAAGGAGGAGUUUGAGGAGUAUGCUGAGGAGGAGGAGGAGGCCUAGAACUUUCCUUUUCUAGGUAAAGGGGGGAAGCAGUGUGGAUUCUUUACUGUGUUCUGACUGCCAUGUGUCACUACGCACUUGUUGGUGUCUUCACCUCCUCCUCCUGCAUUUU